UAUCUGUACGAGCGGUCGGCCGCGUCGGCUGUCUGAGUGUCAACAAUUUCAUAUUAACAUAAAAUAAUAAUAAAAAAAAAAUGAAACGUCAGUCAAUCCCGCCGAUUGUUAGUCGUCUUAUAAAAAUUUGUAAUUGAUAUUACAGAUGUUAAAAUGUGAAAAGGGAUUUGGUUUAAUUUGGAGAGUAUUGACUUUUCGUGUUUUGUUUAGUGAUAAUUGUGAUAGCGAGUGAUGUCAAGUGGGUAUGGGUGUGAUAAUGACAACUGUUUAUGGAAUUGGAUUGCACAUUGUGGCGGACUUUAUGGAAAUCCAAGGAACGUCGCAACCUGAAAGUGCUGACGCGAUGAAUGCAAGAAGCAAAUGAAAUCUAAAUUAAGCCCUUAACAAUGCUUGCUAUCCGAUAAUAAUAGCCCUAAGUUAUAUAAGUGAAGUGAAGUGAAGUGCUUAAACAUUAUUGAUAUGUAAUAUACAGUCGGUGAUGGGGUGCGGUCAGAGCAAGAUAAAUCUGUAUCCUAGGAGAAAUAAGAAUGGUGGGAAAGGGAAUAGUGCCAAGAAGUCAGGCGCGGCUGACAAGGAGACGGAUGAAGAGGAGGGCAAUGCUGGUGCCGGACCUACCGAUGAUAAAGAGGACGACGCAGAACAUGGCAAACAUAUUCUACCAUUGGCUGCACAUCCACCUGCCCUUGAGGUGUCAGCCAGUAUGCAAGAUUUCUUUAAAAUUCUCGACGAAAAGAUCGAUAAGGGCAAGGAUUACGACUCAUCUAGCGAGACAGAAGUGCGAAUAGAAAAAGAACGUCGAAAAAAACUUAUAGAUCAAUGGAGGUCUGCUUCCCAAUCCACUCAGUCUUCUUUGUCACAACCUAGUCCACCAACACCUGCUAGGCGAAGAAUCGCGAGACCGCCCCAACCACCAGAACGACAGAACAGUCCUGGUGCCGUCAGAAGAUGCUACCGACAGGCCCAUGUCCAAGAAGGAAUGUCUCCACCACCUAGGCGAUCUCACAGCGCUCAGUCCCAUCAUCCGCAUGAUUCACGACAAAUAAACGGAGACAACUGGCACGACCUCAAUAAAUCACCAGUAAAACGACCGCAAAGUGCCGGAGCCAAUUGGAAAAGUAAUCCGAAAGUUGCACCAUACCAUCAAAAACCAAAAAAGAACGAAGUCAACGAAAACCAAAAAAACCUGAAAGAUUCCGACACGUUAUCGAUAAGUUCUAGUCAAGAUGGCUCUCAGAUCACUUAUAACCCAACAUUCCAAACUCACAGCCCCGCUCAUUCAGCAAAAUCGCAACAGCCGUAUAUAGCUCAGAUCAUAAACUAUCCAAUAACACAGCAAGUAGCCCCACCUUCACCGCCAAAGUUCAUCGCCCCACCAGAAGAAUAUCAGGACCCACAAAAUAACGUAGUAGACAAUAAAUAUAACCCAAAUCAAAGACCAACGCAAACUCAGUCUCAGACUCAACAGUCAACAAACAACCAAUCACAAAUUUAUUACAUACACGGCAACACAACCAGCGCAACUGGAACAGCACACCAACAUGAACUGGCUCAACAAAGGCAACAAACUGCUAUGCACCUCCAGCAAUACGUGGCGAUGAAACAAGCCCAGCAGCAGAUGUUCACAUACCUGCAACGUGGGCCUCACACGGUGUUUCCGAAUGUAGAUUAUUCUCAAGUUCCAAGUCCAAGGAUAUACGAAGGGGAGGAGUACGCUCAAUACGGUCAUCCCGCGCUGAGACCUCACAGUGCUCCGACACCUGUAGGAGUUGUAAGGCCGAUACCGAUGGCUCCGUUCGGCUUAGCUGAUGGGUCUCAUAUACAAAUGCCAAUGUGGCCUCACAUGCCACCAGUGGUUUCCACAAUGCCUUGGUUACCAGGUCAAGAGUUGCAAUACUAUCCGCAAUCCCAAUAUAUGAUGUACCGAGCCCAAUCAGCGGGUUCAGCUGGUACUUUAACCAGAUACAAAAAGGAUAGCGAUGAAAUGAAGUGCCAAAUGAACAUAGUGAGGCAAAAGCAGAUUGGACAGAUCGUGUCGAUACCUGGUCAGGAGCUGUCUGUUUGCAAUAACGCUAGCGACAGUCCGAGCCCAGCAUCAGUCAGCACUGACAGCGGAGUCUCCCCCGGGAACAGCGCUCCAAUAACAAAAGCCCCUGGAUUCAGCCAAGCAUCUACAGAUACAGAUAAGAAGAAAACGAAAGCACCAUUCACACGAUCUUUGAAGAACUCUAAAAGUCUAGAUUCUUAGGGGAAGUUUGUAAUUAUGUAGAUUUUCUAAGUGUACGUAGGCUGUAGUCGACAUACAUAUGUAAAUUAUAGGAAAUAUUAGAUUCAUUCGCUUAUCAAAGUUUCAGCGUUUUUUAUUGAUCGAUGUUCAGAUUUGUCGGUGUUGUCCUUUGGCUGUUCUUCGAAACGAACUCCGCCAUUUCUCUAUAAUUUCUUACUUCAAAAAAAAAAAAACCUUCUCAUGUGAAAGUAUAAUAUAAGUUAGAAUUUGAUUUUCCUUCGUAAUAUUACGUUUCCAAGUAAUCUAGAAUAUAGAAACGGGUCCUAACUUUAUUGUUAAAUUAUUAUUUAUUGACGAAAUUAUAAUUAAAAAAAAAAAAUUAUUCUAAAUGUAUGUUUAGAUAAAGACAUGUAAAUGGUACCUCCGAGUGCCGAACGAUGCAUUUUAAGAUAUCCAUUAAUUAUAAUUAUGAAACAA